CUACAAUGCGCUCGUCGCCAGAGAGAGCGGAGCGAUUCGCUGCGCAGCUGGAGCGCGCCAGCGCUUGAUCAAACGAGGAAUGCUGUGCAGCGCGCGGAUUAUUGAAGUGGGAAAGAAGGAAGGGAUCGUGGCGACGAUGGGAUGAUCGCUGGUAGGAAUUGGCCGAUCGCUUUGGUGCGUGAUGACAUCAGGAACAAAUUUAACUUAGGGGAGGAGAAAAUGAUAAGUCUUCCGUCAAAUAUCUUGCUGCGAGUGCUCGGGCCUUGCCUGCUAAACCUCCCGGAGAGAAUUCUCGACGCUGCAGGUACAGUGAGAACAGCAGCCGCGGCUAUGUGCGAGAGUGACGGCGAUGGUGGUUGUCGGAACGAAGGGGAGGCACUGUUCCUUAAGAUCUUGGCGAUGGUGACGAUCCUGGUAACCGGCGUUAUGGGCGUAGCUCUGCCACUUCUCGGCAAGAGGUUGACGUGCUUGAGGACGGACCGUGGGUUCUUCCUCAUUGCCAAGGCUCUGGCGGCGGGAGUGAUUCUAGCGACGGCCUUCGUGCACAUCCUCCCCGACGCGAUGCUGGUCCUCCAGAGCGAGUGCCUGCCCGAGAUACCGUGGAAGAGGUUCCCGUUUGGAGGCUUCAUAGCGAUGUUCUCAGCCAUGGCAACUUUGGUGGUGGAUCUUCUCAGCACGGGGUUUUUCGAGAGAAGGCACCAUAAGCACGCAAGUUCAAGCUCGCUGGAGGACCAAGACUUGGACGUGGAAGCAGGGGCCGAGAGUAAUGGCUCCCAACCCAAGCUUCACAUUGUUGGGAUGCACGCUCACGCUGCCUCUCACAGUCACAGCCAUCCUCAGGGACUACACGGCAAGGAACUCGGUUUCGAGCACCUCGGGCACGCGCAUUCUGCCAGUUUCAGUGACGAGGACGACGAGUUUGCUCGCAUCCGGCAUAUCAUCAUCUCGCAAGUGCUGGAGCUCGGUAUCAUAACACACUCGAUCAUCAUCGGCUUGUCCCUGGGUGUUUCGCAAAGCCCAUGCACGAUCAGGCCACUCCUAGGGGCACUCUCGUUUCACCAGUUCUUCGAGGGAUUUGCGCUUGGAGGAUGUAUCUCUCAGGCCGGUUUCAAGCCGCUGUCCGUGGUAAUCAUGGCAGUGUUCUUCGCGAUCACGACUCCGGGUGGAAUAGCCAUUGGAAUUGGGAUCUCGGAAGUGUACAAUCCAAAAAGCGUAAAAGCUUUGGUGGUGGAGGGGGUGUUCUACUCGGUGUCAGCGGGGAUUCUAGUGUACAUGGCGCUUGUAAAUCUCAUCGCAGCGGAUUUUCUCAGCAAAAGAAUGAGGUGUGACCACAGGCUGCAAACGCUGUCGUUGCUCUCGCUCUUCACUGGAGCUACCUUAAUGUCAUUACUCGCCUUCUGGGUGUAGAUCCACGGCUGAGAUUCAAAGGGA